AUGGCCUUCGAUACGUUGCGCUUCAAAACAACGCAACCUUUGUCGUCUAGUCUAGAACUCAGAUUGCAUGUUGAUGUUGGUUCAUUGCACGAAGCCAACGGAGAAGAAGGCAUCGCUCACUACCUAGAGCACAUGGCUUUUCAAUCCCUAAGAAGCUAUUCUGGCGAUGAACUGUUCCCUCUGAUGCAAAGGUUGGGAAUCGACGCCUUUGGAAAGCAUUCCAAUGCAUACACAGAUUAUACCGAAACUGUCUACAGACUAUCGUUGCCGGAUACUGACCACGAGACAAUAACGGCAUGCUUCACUCUGAUGCGGGACUAUACAGACGGGAUGUUGCUCCUGGAAAGUGAACUGGAGAUCGAAAUGGGAGUGGUUCUAUCAGAGUUGCAAGACACGGAAACUGUCGAAGAUCAGUUUUCUUGGUCAUUUCCAGAUUAUUUGAUUUCCAAGCGCUGGCUCAUCGGGCUCGAGGAAUCAAUUCAGAAAUUUAUUCGGCAGCAGUUUCUGGACUUUUACCAAGACUACUACAUACCACGUCGAACGACACUGAUUGUGGUAGGAGAUAUGAAUGCGACUAGCAUGGAAGAUCUCAUUACCAAGUUCUUUGAUUCCAUGGAGGACGCAGGACCGCUAGGAAAACCAGUAGAAGUGGGGAAUACAUCCUCAGGAAAGGGCUUGCGAACGGCCGUUUUUGAGGACGAAGGUCUUGAAGGAGACGAGCUCUACCUUGAAGUUGUCAAACCUGGUGUUGGUGCGCCCGAUUCGGCGGCCGGGCGAAUCGAACGAAUACAGCUGCAUGUCUGCAAUCGUAUUGCUAGUGAACGACUGCAGAGUUACGGCUACGACGACUAUUCCGCCAUUUCAUGGGGAGGCGCCUACAUUGACAGUUGGUACAAUAUCUUCGAACUCGGCGCCAUCUGGGUCGCUCCACAGUUGGUUGGGUCUCUGUCCAGCGAUUGCAACCCUCGAACAGGAGGGCCAACGGGCGCAGCUGUAUGA